CACCGUUAAGAAAUCGCAAUUCGACCAUCUCAUCAUGGAUGCGGUCGAGGACCGAGAGGUCAAACUCCAGCGUGCCUCUGGAGAUCUCGUCACCGAGUUUUCCGUCAAAUUGCCCUCUUUGCUGUGGAAGCCCCGAGCCGAGAACGAGAAGGGAAGCAGUCGUGUGCCACGCCGCUGGACGCCCGCCGCGAAGACAGAGAGGUUGGUUGCUUUGCUGGAGCCUUUUCAGGAGUGGCCGCAACUACUGGACCCUCAUCUGCAAACGCUGCUCCCUCCCUUGGUGGAUGCAUUUCUCGCCUACCUGCUGAAGUACCGCGACCAGUACGCGGCUUCUUCAUCUUCCACCAAGAAACCUCUCCAAUCCGCAUACCCGCUGCCCCGCGCGGUAUGUCGACUGCUCUACACCUUCUGCAAGGUCCGCGGGGUCAAAGUCAUCAGCCGGUUCCUGAACAACGAGCCGAAGUAUCUCGAUGUCCUGCUGCGGGCGUUCAUCGAGUGGGAUGCCGUUGGCGCGACGGCCAAUGCAUCCGACUUGGCGACAGCCUCGUGGGAUAUCCCGCUCCGGCUGGUGUGGGAAGAGCGCUACGUGAUGCUGAUUUGGCUGUCGCAUCUGCUGCUGGCGCCGUUCGACCUGACCUAUCUGUCCUCCGACAAUCUUCCCGUUCCGCACGAUAAUCUCGCGCAGCUCGGCUCGGUGUCGGUGGCGGAGCAGACGCCGACGCUGGCGCGAUCGCUCCUGUCCGUGGCGCUGGCCUAUGUCAAUGUCCCCGGGAAGGAGCGGGAAGCCGCUACGGUUCUGCUGGCGCGGCUGGUUCUCCGCCGCGAUAUGCAGGCGCUGGGGCUGCUGGGGCGUCUGACGCAGUGGGCGUUUGCGGUGCUCCAGCCUGAUUCUUCGGCGGGGAAGGAGCCUACUACUACUACUACGUCUGUGUCGGUGUAUACGUGCAUCGGGGUGUUGUCGUUCCUGGCGCGCUUGGCGGCGUCAGGCCAAGUGGAGGACUUUGCGCCCUUGAUUGUGCCGGUCUUCCAGCAGACGUUGCGGAUUGUACAGGGAAGCUCGGAGGUUGCCCAGGUCAUCCGGUCGUCGGCGUUGGCGCGGAAGAUCGUCAUCAAGAUUCUCCGAGCGCUGACCGUCAUGGCACUGGCGCUUGGUGAGAGAGCAAGCUCGGCGCUGACGGACGAUGAGGUGUCGACAAUCCUCGAGGACUCUAUCGAUCACUUCCUCGUGUCUUUGGCUGAUAAGGAUACUCCGGUCCGCUUUGCGGCUAGUAAGGCGCUGAGCAUCAUCACUCUCAAACUGGACCCGGACAUGGCCUCCGAGGUCAUUGAGGCGGUCACCGGCUCAUUGGAGGAGAAUAUCCUGUAUCAGAGGCCGGAUGGUACGAUCGUGACGCCCCUGGACGCACGUCGCAUCGGGCUGAAUACCCUCAAACGGAACCUGAGCGCCGUGGACGCGCAGAGAUGGCAGGGCUUGAUCCUCACCCUCGGCCACCUGCUCUUCCGCCGUGCGCCUCCAACGCGGCAGCUUCCAGAGGUGCUUCAGCCUCUGGUCUCGGGGCUGGAUUUCGAGCAGAGGUCGUCGACUGGAAGCUCCGUUGGCACCGGCGUCCGCGAUGCCGCGUGUUUCGGCAUCUGGGCCCUCUCUCGAAAGUACACCACUCAGGAAUUGCUCGACCUGAAGACCCAGGAAAUCAGUACCCCAAGUGCACGUGCCAUGGGGGAGCAGAACACGUUGCAGAUGCUGGCUAUUGAGUUGGUUUGCGCGGCCUGCGUCGACCCCUCGGGCAAUAUCCGGCGAGGUGCAUCUGCUGCCCUGCAGGAGCUGAUUGGUCGUCAUCCGGACACGAUCGCGGAGGGCAUAUCGCUGGUGCAGGUUGUGGACUACCAUGCGGUCGCGCGGCGUUCCCGGGCGAUGAAUGAGAUUGCGGGUGCUACGGCCGCGCUGAGCCAUCUCCACUACUGGAGUCCCUUGGUGGAGUCUUUGAUGCACUGGCGCGGGAUUGGCUCGCCAGACGCAGAGUCGAGGAGGCAAGCGGCGCGGGCGAUUGGAGCCCUGAGUACUCAGGGGUCUUACCGGACGAUGCAGCAGGUGCUGGAGCGGUUGAUUGAGAGGCUGCAUGGACUUCCGCAUGGUGACGCGGAGACAAGGCAUGGCUGUUUUCUGGCCAUUGCAGCCACCGUCAAUGCUUUUAACGACCUGAGAGAGAAGGUGGAGAGCGAAGACGUUCCUGAUGCGUUGGCUGUUUCCAGUCAGUUAGAUCGAGUUUGGGAGAUUUUCAGUCUACCUAUCGGACCCACGAAGGAUGACCUAACGCUGCAGACGUUCCGGCCCGAGUUGACUGCGGAGGCGUCCUCGUGUCUGAUCUACUCGCUUUCUCGCUCGGCGGUGAUAGAAGCCGGGCCACGACCUCAGCGGCCGUCGUCGGGUGUCCUAGACAAGGUCCGCGAGGUGCUUUUGCUAUGCAUCUCACGCAGCGAAGACGUCUCGAUCGAGUCCUCGUCCAGGGCAGUGUCGGAGCUGUUCCCUCUCCUGUCGGAGGAGAAGCAGCAGGAGAUCUUAGAAAGGUGGUUCUCACAUCUCAAUUCAACCUGGAACCUGCCCACCGGCCGCGGUCAGAUCACGGCUCUGGGUGCGGUGUUCCGACAGUUGCAGCCGGAUAGUUCUUUACGUGGAUCAGUGGUCGAUACUCUGCUCCGAUGCGCCGAGAAGGAGGAGUUGAUCGAGAAGCGGGUGUCCGCCGUGAAGAGUCUGACGAGCGGUGUCUUGCCGCACAUUGACAUCACCGAUGAACUAGUGCACCACCUCAUCGGCCUGCUAAACGACUACACCACCGACCGCCGCGGCGACGUGGGCUCCCUGGUCCGCCUCGAGGCCAUCCAUGCAGCAGGGAUUAUCCUGGGUGCUGGUGGUGCUAACCCAGCCAACAUCCUUUACAGCGAUAGUACCCGGGAUACGGUGGUGGGCUGUCUAUGCCGGCUGGCGGCCGAGAAACUCGACAAGGUCCGCAUCGCAGCCUGGCUCUGUCUCCAGGCAUUUUGGGAAACAGGCCCUCCUGGAUUUCCUCCAUUACUUAACAAAUACGACCACUUCAGCCACGUCUCCACGACCGAAUACUUCCGACAACUCCUCCAGCUGCAGACUGUCCCCUGGCUUCGGCAACCACUACUGCAAGGACUCGCGACGUCCGCGGUAGCAGGGAACGAAGGAUUGAUCCGCGCAACUCGGGCAGCAUUGGUAGAGAGUAUCUAUUCCCAUCGUCUACAGCAGCCGUCGCGCGUAGAAACGCAAACCGCGCCCCUCCUCGCUAUCAUCCAAGACUUGAGCGGGAUUCUCGCAGAGAAUCUCCAGGAUGACCGGUACGCGAUCCCUGCACUGGAGUUCCUGGGGUUCCUGCUCGAUGGGUUCGAGGUUGAGAAUCAGGACGAGCAAGUGGUGGCAAGCACUCUCAAGCGCCUCUUCGUUCUAGUUCAGAAGGCGCAUUUCAAGACGACCAAUCUCGCCCGCUUGGAGGCCGCUGUCAGGGUGUACGCGCCUUUGUCGCGGGUCGCGGGCGGGUUACACGCCGAGGUGCUUAAGAAGAUGACUGCGUUGCUUUUGCAUCCGUUUCCGAGGAUCCGCUCGCACGUAGCCGAGUACUUGUACAUGGAGACCGGGGCGGAGGUGGUCAAGACGGAGGACUGGACGCGGCCGAAUCGGGAGUUGAAGUCGGUUGUGGGGGUCGUUCGGGAGGUGGUUUUGUAGUUCUUUCUUCCUUACCUUUCCCUUACCUUAUCUGUUACCAGGUGGUUAGUAUUGUACAGGGCUGUGAAAGGG